AAUUCUUAGUAGAUGAGUAUUGACUCUUUCCUUUAAAGAUGUGUCUGUGACAGUCGUUUCGAGGAUCAAAACAAGGAGUGGUACCCAGCCUAGCAGCCUCCUCCCUCCCUCCCCUUUCAGCACAAUGACAAUAGUAUAGUCCUCGUCUAGUCAUUAAGACUCUGGGAGCAUCCCCUUGAAGCUGGUUCUGGAUCCACUAAAUGAUUCCGUUUGGCAGUUUGACCAGUUUCCAUCCACAUUAGGAUCUAGGAGAAUCCUAUAAAAACUUAAACACACACACAAAAAAAAAAGUGUGCGCCAGUAAAUAACAGCAAAUCUACAACAAUAGGGGCAAGUACAGAAGAGCACAAAGAGAAAAGCAUCAUCUCAGGCUAUUUCUGCUUUUUACAUCUGAGCUCAGAGAGCUAGGAAGUGCCGUGGAACGAGGAAAACGUAAUCACCAAGAUCUGCUACAAAAGCACAGGGCACUAGGUGUGGCUCCAUCACUCAAGUGCUAGGCCCCAGCCUUUUCGCAAAAAAGGGAACACCACUGACUUGACAGAUCUCCAUCUGGUGGACAUUUACAUAUCAGGAGAUGUUCGCGAUAUGAAAGGAGACACUCCUGUGAACAGCACAAUGACCAUUGGACAGGCCCGUAAGCUUGUUGAACAACUAAAGAUUGAAGCAAGCAUGUGCAGAAUAAAGGUCUCAAAAGCUGCAGCUGAUCUGAUGGCCUAUUGCGAUGCACAUGCCUGUGAGGAUCCACUUAUCACCCCUGUACCUACUUCUGAAAAUCCUUUUAGAGAGAAGAAAUUCUUCUGUGCCCUCCUAUGAAUUUACAAAAGAAUGACACAUCAAUAGAUGACAGCUCGCUUACAACUCACAAACUCAAUCUCAAGUGGUGCUGUCUGUGAGCAUAAUUAGGUUGAUUUUGUUUUAAUUCUCACAGUCCCACCUACACCUCACCACCAUCAUAGGAGUAUGAUGGGAAACUUUUAUAUUUCAGUUUUGUGCUUCAAUUUUUCAUGCAGGAAAAUAACAACUACAAAAUUCUAUUCUAUAAAACAAACAUUUAUUAGCACAAACAAACUUCAGAACACAAGUACACACCAUAUUCUCAAUGACUUUUUGCAAGAACCUCUAUAUGUAAAUCCUUGUAAACAAGGAAGUCAUUAUUUUCAGAUGCAUCUUAACAUGAGGGGUUGUCCACUUGAAUCAGCAUUGACCAAUUACAAUCAAGUGUAAUGUGUCUGCUAAGUGGUUUGUAUAUGUUAGUACAAACCUUAUAGAAAAAAAAAAGUAAACUAAAAAAAAAAUCUCCCUAUAAAAACAAAUUUCAAAAGAACAGAAUAUUGAAUUGCAAAUGAUGUUUAAGUAUUGUAUCCUUUUUGUUGACUUAAGUCAAAAUACAGUAUAUUUAACUGUAAUGAUAUAUAUUUUUUACUAACUGGUAAGUGGUAUUUGCAUUAUUUUGGUUUCUUACUGGUUCCUUUAGGCAUCCUGUAUAAAUCAAAUGACCCUAGACAUAAUUGCAGUAUCUUACGGUUCUAACACAAGAGUUAUUUAAACCUGCUUCUAGUUAAUUCACAAAUAAUACAUAAGAUAAAUCCCAAUAUGCUUUAUUUGAUAAGUAAGCCUCCUAUAUAAAGUAUAAGCAUUUCUUUUUAAGUAUAGCUUGAAAAAUGAACUGCCCCCAUGUUUAUCUACAGUAUAUGUAAAUACAAAUUUUACAUUUUGUAUUUCUGAAAGUCUUCAAUAUACAAUUGCAAAACAGUAACUAAAAAUAUGAAAGGUUUGUCAGGUGAAAUCCUAAAAAAAUACUUUCUUCACAUUAAAAGAAAUACAACUAUGAUGUGUGCUUUAAUGAAAGGUAGCCAAAUAAUUAACUACAUAAUAAAAAACUAUUAUAACUGCUACAAGGCAAUGAAUAUGCUAAACUUUAUGUUUUGUAUGCCAUGAUUGUUCAAAAACCUGUUCUUUGAAGAAAGAAUGGUCUUUCUGUCAGUGAAAUGUAGAGGUACACCCAAAGUCUGCAUCAGAUGGAAAGAAACAAAUUUAUACCUUUGUCUACUUAGUCUGGUAAGAAUUUAAAGUAAUUCCAGGUUUAAAACACAAUUUAAUUUCAAUUGCUAAACAAAAUCUAAUACAUAAUGAAAUCUCAAAAAUAGAUCUAAUCAUAAUUCUAAAUUAUAAGGGAUGCACCUAAACAUUCCUUAAGAAAAAUUUCAGUAUGAAUUUGUGUUAUGCAUGUAGUAUCCAGUUCUGUUAAAAAUUAACAAAAUCAUUUUUUGCUUAUAAGAAAUAUUUUGGACUUCAAUGAUUAUAGGAUAUAUGACAGAAGACUAUACUAAUUAAAACUCAGCUAUGUACAAUAAAUCCCAAUACUCUUAAAAAAUAUUUAUCAUAAACAGUAAUUUUCUUAUCUGCAGGAAAUUGAAAAAUAUUAUACAGUAUACCUAACUUUACAAGCUUUAGUGAUCAUGGGGUCACUUGUUGGGUGGCAUUUUAUGCAUUGUGGACAAAAAUAUCACUAAUGGCAUGGAUGAGGAAAAGUGGCCAAAAAAAAAAAAA